AUGGACACCUCAGACUUCAAAGUUAAGCUCGGCUUUGAAAGAGCUCGUCGACGCAACCGUUCCUACGGCGGGCUCCCACGCCUGCCAAACGAGGGCUCGCCGCAGAUGGCCUUCUUUGAUGCGGCCGCCGAGGGAAAUCUUCCCCGCCUCAUGGAGAUGGCGAGAGGCAGGGACGCGGAGGGGAUGGCCUGGCUUGCCGAUGUGUGUAUCGUAGGUGGGGGGCCGUUUCAGGCGGCGGCACGCAUGGGGGAACUGGAUGCUGUCAGGUGCAUGGUGGAGGAGCUAGGCUUUGAUGUCAAUGCUAGUAGCAAAGCUGGUGUAAGUGCUUUGACUACUGCUACAAUUGAUGAAAGAAUGGAUGUUAUGAGGUACCUUCUGGACCAGGGGGCUGAUCUGAAAAAGCCAGAUGAUUCAGGACAUUUUCCUCUACACCUUGCUGCAAAAUAUGGACGUGAAGAAGCAGCACGAUUGUUGCUAUCUAGAGGAGCUAGUGUUGAUGUAGCUUAUCUUGGUAUGACACCACUAUAUUUCGCUGCUUCCUGUGGGAUGAUUGGUGUCAUGAAAGUUCUACUGGAGCACCAUGCAGAUCCAAACAAGGUCUCAGAACAGGGAUGUACUCCGCUGACUGGAGCACUUCAUGCCACCGAUUCAGGACUACCUGAAUCUAUUUCACUGAAGUGUGUCAAGCUGCUUGUGGAGGCAGGCACAGAUGUAAAUUCUGCUAAUAUCGAAACUCCGUUGGUAAUAGCAACUAGUUAUGGCUUAACUGACUGUGUCAAGUACCUGUUGAAGGUUAAGCAUGAUAAAAGUACGAAAGUUCAGUUGAAAUCAUUUGGUGAGAAAGCUAUUAAGAGAAAGGACUAUCAUGGCGCGUCAAAGUUCUACACCGAGGCAAUCGAGCUGGACCCUAGUGAUGCAACACUGUACUCAAACAGGAGCCUUUGCUACCUGCAAAUGACUGAAGGAGAUAAGGCUUUGCGCGAUGCUAACACUUGCAUAAAGCUGCGCCCCGAAUGGAUCAAAGGUUACUACAGGAAAGGAGCCGCUCUCAUGUCGCUCGAGGACUACAAAGAAGCUUGUGAUGCAUUCAUGGCUGGACUGCAGCUGGACCCUGGAAACGCCGAGAUGGAGAAAGUGUUCAUGGAUGCGGUCGAGGAAAUGAAGAAGGAUCACUUGGCUAAAAAAGGCUCCAAGCCAUCCGAUUAG